UGCUGUAUUUUCAUGCAUGACGUCUAAUUUUAAUACAAAAGAAUUAAUAUAUGCAAUGUAUACAAAUACGAUUGAAUUUUCUCUUAUUUAUCUUCUGACGUUUACAAAUGAUGAGAUACAUGAAGCUACUGAACAUGAACGAGAUCAAAACAAACCUAGCUGUAGAUUUAGUCAAGCGAUAACACGUUGAUAGUGUAAACAAGCUGACACGCCGCACAGGUAUUUAAUUCUCAGGACUAGACGGAAGAUCGAAAUAACAGGGAGGCCAUGUUGGAUAUCAGUAAACUUCUCGUGUGACCCCAGCAUCAGACAUGCAUCCCCGGCGGCUCAGGAAGUCCUACUGUGAAACCGUCCCCCUACAGAGUCAUGGUCAACUUUGUAAUAUAAACCUAUGCAAGGCCUGUGUUGGGGAGCACCUCUAGGAUUCGUCUAAAACACACAAAGUCGUGCCCUGUUUACGCGGAGAGUCUACUCCAAACUACCCGAAAACUCCUAUAAUCGCUUUGAAAAUUACUGUGAGAAAAGAACAUGGCGACACAAUGAAGUCAGCAGAAGCUGUAUCGUCUCCUCCAGUCAAACCACUGCUUGAUGACCCGCGCCUCACCGCCUCCAUAAACACUGGGUAUAGACAUCUAUACAGUGUUGGCUGUCUGAGUGAAGAAGUCUGGACAUGUGGGAAUAACAAAAUCAUGAAGGUACACAACCUCCAGAGUAAACUACUGACAUCAAUACAAACCAAGUCAGGGAACUGGUUACAGGACAUCGCAGUGACACUGGAGGGGGAUCUUGUUUAUACUGACUAUUAUGAUAAAACUAUAAACCUAGUAAAGAACAAACAGAUACAGACCGUGAUCACACUACAGGGGUGGAAACCUCUCUUUGUCUGCAGUACCGCCUCUGAUGAUCUCCUGGUUACCAUGGACAGUGAUGAUUACGAAAAAUGCAAAGUCGUGCGUUACUGCGGCUCCACAGAGACGCAAACUAUUCAGUUUGAUGAUCAGGGUCGUCCUCUCUAUUCAUCUGGGGAUCAUAUCAUUAAUACUAAAUACAUCAGUGAGAACAGGAACCUGGAUAUCUGUGUGGCUGACCGUGAGGCUUGUGCAGUAGUGGUGGUCAAUCAGUCAGGAAAACUCCGAUUUAGAUACACUGGUCACCCAUCUAAUAGUAAGGAAUCAUUUGAACCAGUUGGCAUCGCUACAGACAGCCAGAGUCACAUCCUGACAACAGACAUUAACAAUGACUGUAUACAUAUCUUGGAUCAGGACGGACAGUUCCUCCGUUACAUUCACUGUGAUUUACUCCGUCCAUUCGGUUUAUGUCUGGACAACGGAGACAACCUCUUUGUGGCUGAGUUAAACACUGCUAAAGUGAAGAAAAUCCAAUAUCUAUAAACACAGUGUUAAUUACAGACCUCAACACGGUGUUAAUUACACAUCUCAAAACAGCUUUAAUCACACAUCUCAACAUAGUGUUAAUUACACAUCUAAACAGCAUUAAUGCCAUUUCAAAUCAAAUCACCGUGUUCAUUACAUAUCUAAAUACUGAUAUUAACAGAGUGUGUUAAUAAUUACAGCUGCUUCUUAAAUACAGCCACGUGUAUGUUACAGUCCUGUGUUAAAUACAGUCCUGUGUUAAUUGCAGUCUUGGGUACAUUACAGACCUUUAUUAAUUGCAGCCCUGUGUAUAUUACCGCCCUGUGUUAAAUACAGUCCCGUGUACAUUAAUACAGUCCCGUGUACAUUACAGCCCUGUGUACAUUACAGUCCUGUGUACAUUACAGCCCUGUGUACAUUACAGUCCUGUGUACAUUACAGCCAUGUGUUAAAUACAGUCCCGUGUACAUUACAGCCAUGUGUUAAUUACAGUCCUGUGUAAAUUACAGCCCUAUGUUAAAUACAGUCCUGUGUAAAUUAC